AUGCCAGUGACCAGCCUAGCAAAGACGGGCACCUACCUUGCGAUCUUCAUCACAGCUUUGACCAGCAUCCUUUGGGUCACACUACUGAUGCAACCCAAAGGCUGGGCCCUGCGGAUCUCGCCCUACUACACGAUUGACACGGGUGUUUGGCAAGUGAACGUCAGCAGGGGUGCCAUCCUCAAGCUCGUGCCGGGCACGAAAGGACGACGGGUCAUCGAAGACCAUUGCCUGGAAAGCUUCUCCAGACCCAAGACCAACGACAAGCAGAGUCGGGAAGUUCUUGGCAUGGUUUACACCAGCCGUGCGCAGCACGGAGGAUUUCAAGGAGUACUUGUGUGGCAUCAGUGA